AUGAAUUCGCAUGCAAGCUCUGCCAAACCUUCGCCCCCCAACCCCCUUGAGGUCAUCACAUCACAACGGCUACUGCUUGCUCCUCGAGAUUGCACAUUCGGUCUUCCACAACCAUUUUCACAAGGCCCCAAAAGCUUUCCCUCUAGGCCCUUUGAGCUGGGCUUCAAGUGGUUCAGCGUCGCCGGGCUCGCAGCGGCAUGGCGACUGAGCAAACAGGGGGUGCAGGUGACGGUGUUGGAGAAAGACUCGCACAUUGGCGGCCAUGCGUUCACGUAUCGCACGGACGAUGGCAUCGACGUGGACCUCGGAUUCAUGGUCUUUAACUCGGUGACCUACCCCAACAUGCUCUCCUUCUUCGAGGAACUAGAGGUCGCAAUAGAGCCAUCCGACAUGUCCUUUUCGGUGUCGGUGCCGCGCUGCGAGUGGGGCAGCAACGGCCUCUCGGGCCUCUUUGCUUCGCGCCGCAACGCCUUCCGGCCCUCCUUCUGGCUCAUGCUGCGCGAGAUGACGGUUUUCCAUCAAGAUGUUCUCAAAUACCUCGCUAAGGUGGAAGCAUCUGGAGUGCUGCAGAGGCAGUCCGUUGCCCUCAAUGGCAGCAGCAGCAGCGACGGGGCUGCAUCAUCACCAGCAGCACCAGCAGGCAGCAGCGCCCUGCUCACAGAGACGUUGGGGGAGUUCCUGAAGGACCGCGGGUACUCCUCCAUGUUCUGCGACUGCUACCUGCUCCCAGUGUGCGCCUCUAUAUGGUCUACCGGGGUGGAUGGCGCCAGGAGCUUCAAUGCCUUCUCCGUGCUCUCGUUCCUCAAGAACCACCACAUGCUGCAGCUGCUUGGCAGACCACAAUGGCUGACAGUGUCAGGCAGAUCCCAGACCUACGUGAAGAAGGUGAUGGCGGCUGUGGAAGCUGGAGGAGGUGCUUUCCGCACCAACACGGAAGUAACUAGGGUGCAGGGCCUGGGCGAGGAAGGUGUGGAAGUGCGUCUAGGGGACGGAACAUCAGAACGCUACGACCGUGUGGUGCUGGCAGUGCAUGGGGAUUCUGUGCUGCCGCUGCUGGGGGAGGGAGCCACGCAUGAGGAGCGAAGAGUAUUUUCCGCCUUCAAAUACGCCACCAGCACCAUCUUCCUGCAUCGCGACAAGUCCCUGAUGCCCACUCGAAGAGCCGCCUGGAGCGCAUGGAACUUCAGAGGGGUGGACGCCAAGGGAGGGGUGUCUGUCACGUACUGGCUCAACACGCUGCAGAAUCUAGGGGACACGGGCGACCCUAUCCUGGUGACUCUCAACCCACCGUCUGAAAUCAAGGGCACGGUGCACCACCAGUGGGUCACCUCCCACCCGACCCCCACCACUGCUGCCACGGCUGCUGCCAGGCUGCUGCCCACUGUGCAAGGAAGGAGAGGAAUUUAUUUCUGUGGGGCAUAUCUUGGAUAUGGCUUCCAUGAAGAUGGGUUCAAGGCUGGCCUGACUGCAGCCAACGCGCUUCUCGGAGCCAGCAGCAGCCCGGCCUUGCAGCUGCAGCGCAACACACCCCAGAUGCUCUUCUCUCUGCACUACCAGGCCGCCAAGGCAGCAGUGCUCUCCUUCCUCCGCCCCUUCAUUCACCUCGGCUCCGUGCAGUUGUUGGAGCGGGGAGGCACAGUGUACCGAUUCGGGGGAAAAGGACCCAAGCUGGACUGCCAGAUGACCGUGCACUCGCCUGCUUUCUACUGGAAGGUGGCAACGCGUGCUGACCUGGGAUUGGCUGACGCGUUUGUGGACGGAGACAUCUCCUUCCCUCAGGGCUCCGGAGGGCUCCUCAAAUUCCUCGAGAUCAUGAUUGCCAAUCGGGAUCGCAACAAGCAGCCCGGCCAGCGACCCGCAAAGAAGAAGGGGUGGUGGAGCCCCGCCUUGCUGACAGCAGUGGUGGGGUCGGCAGCUCUGUAUGCGAGACACCUACUGCGAUUCAACAACCUCACCAACGCACGCCGAAACAUCUCCAAUCACUACGACCUGAGCAACGGCAUGUUCCAAACCUUCCUUGACGAGACCAUGACCUACUCCUGUGCCAUCUUCGAGCGACCAGAGGAGCCUCUAGUGGAUGCACAGCUGCGCAAGCUGAGGCGCCUCAUUGCCAAGGCGCGCAUAGACUCAACUCACCACGUGCUGGAGAUCGGCUUCGGGUGGGGCAGCUUGGCUCUCGAGGCGGUCAGCCUGACGGGGUGUCGCUACACAGGCAUCACGCUCUCCUCGCAGCAACUUCAGCUCGCCACAGAACGAGUGAAAGCGGCAGGCCUGCAGGACCGAAUCAACUUCAUGCUCUGUGACUACCGCAAUCUGCCGGGGACGGGCAAGUUCGACCGCAUCCUCUCAUGUGAGAUGUUGGAGGCGGUGGGUCACGAGUACCUGGGCGAUUUCUUCCAUCACUGCGACCGGCUGCUAGCAAUGGAUGGGCUGCUGGUUGUUCAGGUGAUCACGACACCAGAGAGUCGCUACGAGGAGUAUCGCCUCUCAUCUGAUUUCAUCAAGGAGUACAUCUUCCCCGGCUGCUGCGUGCCCUCCCUCUCUGCGCUCACCGACGCUAUGGCCAAGAACUCUGCCUUCAGUGUGGAGGAGCUGGAGAACAUCGGCCCGCACUAUGCCACAACGCUCAUGAGAUGGCACGAUAACUUCAUGGCUCACAGGCAUGAGAUUAUGGAGAUGGGAUUUGGUCCCAAGUUCAUCCGCACGUGGCAGUACUACUUCGUCUACUGUGCUGUGGGCUUCCAAACUCGCACACUCGGGGAUAUUCAGGUGGUGUUCUCUCGCCCCGGCAAUGCGACACUGGAUCUGGUACCUUACACCAAGACAGACUGA